CGCGCGCUUCCUGCGCGUGUCCGAGCCACGCAGGGCGCGCCCGGCCCGUGCCGUAUUCGGACGAACGCGACCGCCGUCCAGGUCAGCGGGGCCCACGCAGGUCAGCAGGCACCCAGGCCCCCGCCGACUUCGACCACAGCCUCCGGUAGGAACCCCCCGCCCGCUCGCCCGAGGUGUGAUUAGCUCGGCGAGCGUCUAAAUCGAUCCCUGAGCAUGCCAGAGGAGGAAGACGACGACGAAAAAAAAGGAAAGGACAAGAAGGGAGGCAAGGACGAUAAGAAAGACGACAAGAAGGACAAGAAAGGGGGCAAGGACGACAAGAAAGACAAAGACAAGGGAGGCAAGGACAAGGGAGGAAAAGAGAAGAGCCCCAAGAGCCCUAAGACCCCCAAGAGUGCGGGCAAGGGAUCUGCGAAGGGAUCGGUGAAGGGCUCUCCCAAGUCCGACAAGUGCGUCGAAGAGUCUUCGGACAAGAAGACCGAGAAAUCUGAAAGGUCCGACAAAUCCGAGAAAAGCGAGCGCGCCGAGAGACCAGACAGGCCGAGAGAAAAACACCAGAGGCCGGCGCUGGGCCCGUACAAGGCGCCGCCCCCGUCGGAAACCAUGCUUCGGGCAAUGGCCGAGCCGGGACCGGUGUACGCCGAACGGUUCUACAACGACGAGUACGAAGACGAACAGCAGGGCCGAAACUACGUCGAGGUGCAGAUGUACCAAAGGCGAUCCGGCACCAACAUCAGCGAGGCCGAAGGAGGAGGGCACUGCAUGGGCGGCGGAGCCCGCGGCCAGACCUUCUACGUGGACGUUCCACCUCCGCGGCCGCCGAGGCCGCCCGCGUUCGACGAGUACUACGUGGACGAGCAGCCGCCGCCGCCGCCUCCCAGACGCGAGCGAUCCGAGCGACUGGAGCGACGACCAAGCAUGACUCAACAGUCCGUCUUCUACGACGAAAGCGGCGGCACCCUGCUACGCCAGCGCCAGGACGCCUACUUCGACUACCCGGAGCCCGUCGGCCCGGCGGGGUCCGUGCCGCGGCUGGAACCGCCGCCGCAGUCGCGGCGUCCCAUCGUGCUUCCGCCCACGACCGUGGUGGUCAACCUGAGCGAGUCCGGCGCCCCUCCCCCUCCGGCCGUCGGACCGCCGGCGCAACCCGGGGGUUACGAGAGGCAGCUGGCCACGGGGGCCUCCAUGAGGUCCCGCGAGGAGUUCCGCAACCAGCAGUCCGACAUGCGCGUCCGCAACGCGCCCAUGUCGACGCAGCUGACGCAGCAGCUGCGCGACAUCGCCAUGCAGUACCAGAGGCCCUUCGACGAAAACGUGGUCUCCUCCACCGAGCGCGUCAUCUACGAGGUCAUCCGCAAGAUGGAGUCCACGUCUUCGGAGACCAGCGAGGAGCGCCCACCGGGAACGAUAGUGCGGAACCAGGCCGCCGGGGGUAUGUCGCCGAUGUCGCCUCCGCAGCGCCCAGCCAUGUCGCCGCCGCAGCGCCCAGCCGCGUCACCGCCGGGCAUGAUGUCCCCGGGUAUGAUACGCGGCCCGCCGAUGGGCAUGAUUCGCUCGCCCAUUUCGGCGGGACCAAGCCGCGGGUACCUGGUGCGGACGCCCUCGGGCCCACUGCGCAUGGCCACUCCCGGAACGCCCGGCAUGUACACGCCGCGGUGGACCUCCUCCUAUUGGGGCACGCCACGAACACCACGAACACCGCGAACACCGGGCGGCAGGUCCAGGAGGCGCAACGAUGGCAUGACCCUGUUCCCUGAGCGUUCCCUCAUCAUGCUCCUCGUCUUCCUGUUUCUGUUCGUCCUCGUUGUCGUCAUACUGGCCAUCUCGGGCAUGACUUUUCCAGGCUUUUCAAAGAGCAAGGACCGUUACGCGUAAGCGGCGCACAACCGUGGAGCGGCGAAUGAGGAUUUCCAUCGUGCACACUGCAUGCAGCCUCGGCGAGCCAGGGGGCUUCCCAACCAUCAGGAGGCGAAUAAAGAAAGGGGAGAACCGA